AAUAUUGCUUAAUUGCAGAUGGUCAAGGAGAAGCCCAAUUCUACACGAAUUUAUGAUAAGGAUGGCUUUCGCCGUCGUGCUGCUUGCAUUUGCGUGCGCUCGGAUGCCGAAGCGGAGGUGCUCUUGGUGACUUCUUCGCGUCGUCCAGAGCUAUGGAUCGUGCCUGGUGGUGGUGUUGAGCCGGAGGAAGAACCAUCGGUUACGGCUGUGCGUGAAGUGCUCGAAGAGGCCGGGGUCGUUGGCAAGCUGGGCAGAUGCUUGGGCGUGUUCGAGAAUCGCGAACAUAUGCAUCGCACCGAAGUCUUUGUAAUGACUGUCACCAAUGAGCUUGAAGAGUGGGAGGACUCGCGUAGCAUUGGCCGAAAACGUCAAUGGUUUUCCAUUGACGAUGCGUUGACACAAUUGGCACUACAUAAACCGACGCAGAGGCACUAUCUAAUGCAACUUAGGCAUUCAAAGAAUAAUACGACCCCUUCGGGCUCACCGCCAGUCACUCCUACAGAGACAUAAGAAUAAAGGAGACUCUAAUACACAUACAGACGUAGAUGCAGUGCAACUAUGUUGGCGGAACACGUGGAUCGUAGACUUAAAGUGACUCCCACACUCACACACACACACUUACACUUACACUUACACUAAAUUAACGUAAACGCAUUCUAAUUAAGAAAGUGUUUGCACGCAUAACUAAGCGGGCCGUCAGACACCAUACACUCUGCAGAGCACGAUACACAAUAAUAAACUUUGAUUACGAAUUGUUUGGGAAUUUGAACCCUAUUCACACUCAUUCAAAUUUACUUUUAUAUCAGAAAUGCAUUCAAACAUCCGCAUACAUAGAACAUCGUCAUCACUAAUUACGCAGUAAAGUGGAAUUGCAAUAUGCAACAUCGUUAUAAGUUUAAAAAUUAUUGCAAAUAUAUAUAGGCAUCCAUAGACUUCUCAAAUUAUGCUCCACAUCAAUAAAUAAUGUUCAUUAAUAACGUUAAGAUACUUUUUAAUACUGUAAUGAAAAUUGUAAUGAUUAAGUUAACCAAAAAGUGAAAUUAAAAAAAUCUGAUUGCAAAUUUUCUGACUAAAAGAGCAUGGAAGUUGACUUUGAAGUUCGCUUUAACUAAAAAGCAGUUUUGGUUUGAAGAUAGUUUGGAGUUUCACGUAAAAUACAUACCUACAUAGAGAUAUUUUCAUAUAAUAUAAAAUCGAGAUCGAAAAUAAAUAAGGCAAAGAACACUCUGAUAACGAAAUUGACGCAAC